AUGCCAGCCUGUUAUUGUGCUCCAGGCCACUACCACUCCAGUCAACCUCAGUAUCGCCCAGUCCCUUCUGUCCAUUACAGUUCACAUCUAAACCAACCACUGCCACAGCCUGCACAGCAGGCAGGUUAUCAAGUUAUGCCCAACCAGCAGCAAAACUACCAGGGGUUAGUUGGAGUUCAGCAACCCCAGAGUCAGAGCCUAGUUGGUGGCCAGCCCAACAGUAUUGGAAAUCAGAUUCAAGGAGUGGUCAUCCCCUAUCCUUCAGUGCCAUCAUAUCAGGUUUCACUGCCUCAAGGUUCUCAAGGAAUUGCCCAUCAGACUUAUCAACAGCCCGUUAUGUUCCCUAAUCAGUCUAAUCAAGGAUCUAUGCCUACAGCAGGAAUGCCAGUUUACUAUAGCAUCAUUCCACCUGGCCAACAAAAUAAUUUAAGCUCCUCAGUAGGUUACUUGCAACCUCCAGGAUCAGAACAAGUACAGUUGCCUCGAGCUACAUCACCAUGCAAUUCCCAGCAGCUUCAAGGCCACCAGUGUGCAGCUGUGCCACCUCCACCAGCUGGUGGCGGAAUGGUGAUGAUGCAGCUCAGUGUACCAAACAAUCCACAGUCUCGUGCCCAUUCACCCCCACUGUGGAAGCAAAACAAAUAUUACUGUGAUCACCAGAGAGGACAGAAGUGUGUGGAAUUUAGCAGUAUAGACAAUAUUGUUCAGCACAGUCCUCAACUCAGUAGUCCCAUUAUUUCACCAGCUCAGUCGCCAGCACCAGCUCAGCUGUCUACCCUGAAAACUGUCCGUCCCUCUGGACCGCCACUUUCCAUCAUACCCCAGUUUUCUAGACCCUUUGUCCCUGGGCAAGGAGAUGCCAGAUACCCGUUACUUGGACAGCCCCUGCAGUACAACCCUCCUGCUGUUCUGCACGGACACAUACCAGCCCAACAGGGCCAGUCUGGCAGCAGGCAUGGAAACCGAGGAAGGAAACAAGCUAAAAAAGCUGCAUCCACCGACCUUGGUGCAGGAGAAGCAGUUGUUGGGAAGGUCUUGGAAAUUACUGAACUGCCAGAUGGAAUAACUCGCGUGGAAGCCGAGAAGCUUUUUGGGGAACUCUUUAAAAUUGGCGCCAAGAUCCGGUGGCUCCGGGACCCCCAGUCCCAGCCCCAGCUGCGUCGUCACCCCCUCUGCUGUGGCAGCGGGGACAGCACUGUCAACCCCGAACGCUCUAAACCCAGUGACUUGGCCUCCACGUACACUGUCUUAGCCACAUUCCCCUCCAUCUCCGCCGCGCAGAAUGCUCUGAAGAAACAGAUUAACUCGGUUAACAAGUUUAAGCUGAGAACGAGCAAGAAGCACUAUGACUUUCACAUUUUGGAAAGGGCAAGUUCUCAGUAA